AUGUCUGACCAUUUUACUGCUGAAGAUUAUGUCCGUGAUUUAAAAGCCGAACUCCUAGGAUAUACUCUUAGAGUCCGAUACCUUAAGCCUGAUGCCAUUCCAUCUCUUAAUUUACCAGUAGAUCAUACCCAAACUGAUGAAGUUUCUACGUCAACAUUAAACCGUAGAAAUAGAAUGGAAUUAAGAUUAAAAAAACAAGUUCAUAAUGAGGUUGUUGCUUUAGAUGUCGGUUCUGAUGUACAGUCAUCAUCAAAUAUUUCAACAACUGAUUUUGAAAAUGAGCCAACUCAGUCCAUCGAUUAUAAAUAUUUGUAUGAUGUACUACUACAAGAACAUAAAAAUGUAAAAAAAGAACUGUUUUUGCUUAAAGAAGCUGAUGUAAACAAUAGAAAUAUAAACGAAAAUCUUAGGUUUCAAAUAAAAAAUUUGGAGAAAAAUUUGAACGCUGUAAAUUUACAGUUAAAAAAAACAGAAAAGCAAAUAAAGUCUCUUUCUCAAUAUAAAACACGAACAAUUGAAACACAGGCCAAAAAGUUACUGUCAUCGGUGUUUACUAAAAAUCAGUUGGACUUAAUAAUGAAAAAAAAAAAACGGGUUAAUUGGUCUAGAGAAGAAAUAUCAAAAGCAUUUACCCUCAGGUAUUUUAUUAAACGUUCAUAUGUUUACAUCAAGAAUGAGCUGAAUUAUCCUUUGCCUGGGUUAUCGUCACUUCAGCGGUGGGCAAAGAGUAUUGAUAUGAGGAAUGGUGUACUUGAAGAUGUGCUCAAAAUAAUGAAACUUAAUGGCGACGACAUGCAGUGCUAUGAAAAGUGUACGGUCUUAAUGUUUGAUGAAAUCAAAGUUUCUAGUACCAUGGAGUAUGAUGUUUUAAAGGAUGAAGUUAUUGGUCCCCAUAAUCAAUUGCAAGUUGUUAUGGCUCGAGGGAUUGCAGGUCAAUGGAAACAACCAGUUUAUGCUGGAUUCGAUCAAAAAAUGACCAAAGAGAUCCUUUUUGACAUUGUUAAAAAGAUGGAUGAUAUUGGCUUUAAAACAGUUUGUGUUGUCAGUGACUGUGGUGGUGGAAAUGUCGGAUUGUGGAGGGCUCUUGAUAUUAACUAUGAAAAUCCUGUAUUUUCUUUGCCAACAGGAAGGGAAAUAGUGUACAUACCUGAUGGUCCUCAUAUUUUAAAACUUGUACGAAAUUGGUUAUUAGAUACAGGAUUUCUGGUAAAUAAUUCAGUUAUUAACAAAAAACCAUUAGAGGCGCUCAUUAAUAAGACUACAACAGAACUUAGUGUUUGUCAAAAACUUACACCAGAACAUGUAUCUUGUGAAGGUCCUCAAAGACAAAAAGUACGCUUGGCUACACAAUUGCUAUCUCAUACAACUGCUACAGCACUUAUACACUAUAAACCUAUAGAAGAUAUCAGAUUACUUGAAGACACUUCUAAUUUCAUUGAAUUGGUUAAUAAUUGGUUUGAUUUAAUUAAUGUGUCACAUCCUAAUAAUAAAACUACUCCCUUUAAAGCACCUUAUGGAUUUUUCUUAGAAGAACAAGAUGCAUUGCUUGACAAAAUGUAUAAAACAUUUUUAUCCAUGAGAUGUGUUGGAAAAUUUGGGCUCCUAAUAUUCCAAAAAGCUAUUUUGAUGCAUAUUAACGGCACAAAACUACUUUUCAAAAUUUUACAACAAUCUGGGUUCAAAUAUUUACUAACAAGUAAAAUUAACCAAGACGCCCUUGAAAACUUGUUUUCGCAACUACGAUCAACAGGUGGACUUAAUGAUCACCCUUCUCCUUUGAACGCCUUGUUCAGACUACGAAUGAUCAUUUUAGGAAAAAAUCCUGGUAUAGUGUCCAAACAAGCUAAUACCACUGACAAAAACAAUGAAGAGUUUAUAAUAGCAAAGUCAUUAAAACAAAUCGAUUUGAAAUUAGAUAUUGUAAAAGAAAAACAUGAAGACAUUGAAAGUAGUACAGAUACAAUAAGUGAAAGUAGUUUUUCAGAGAUUAUCAGCAAAGAUCAAAAUGAAAUGAGUAGAGAUGCAAUGGAAUAUUUGGCAGGCUGGGUUGCAAAAAAAUAUAAACUACAAUUUCCAGAAUUGGGUUCAACUACAACUCGGUAUAAUGCUGCUCAAAACGAAAAUGGUCAUGAUUACACUAUGCCGUCGUGGAUAAAUCAUUUAUCCUAUGAAUUGAAAGAUUAUUCAAAAAAGAUUAUCAAACAACAAAUUCCUAAGGGACCUAAAGUUGUUAAAAAUUUGUCAAAAAAAAUUAUUGAGAGAAUGGAAAUGGAAGAAAAGUAUAACCCUGUUGUUGAGACGUAUGUAAAACAAAGAGUACUUAUUCGUAUGAAAUAUUUAAAUCAGCAUACAAAUGUGUUAAAUAAAAAAAGAAAAGCAAAACUUCAGCUGCAUAGAUUACAAAAAUUAAAAAGACUGAUGACUUAA